AUGGAUGAGUUUAUUUCUCUUCUGAGUGUUCUUAAGAAGAAUGACAAGAUUGUGCAGAAUGUGCUGUUUAUGAUUUCUGAAGGAUUCAGGUAUAAGGAGGAUGUGAUUGGAGAGGCGUUAAUGAGGCAAUACGGGGGGCAUAGCAAUAUGGAUGCAGUUUUGGACUUUAUACUGCUUUUAUGCAGCAAAAAUCCAAGAUAUCUUGAUUAUUUCAAGCAGCGCAGAAGGGAGUUUUCAGGAGAUCAUGAGUUUGUGAAGCUACUUUGUAGAGAAGGCGAUAGUGGAUGCAAAAGAGUCAAGACUGAUAUUGAAGACGGUAAUAUUAUAGGAUGUGGAGGAUUUAUUGAGGAGACGGAGACUGGUAUGAUGAAUAAGGAAGAGGCAAAGAAAGAAAGCAAAAGCAUGCAAACUACAAAAGCCGAGAAAGGUAUAUUUGAGGAAGCGGUGGUUAAGAAUGCAGGGAAUCGAAAGGAAUGUGAUGCACAAACUCUUAAUAACGAAUAUCUGCAGGAGAAUGCAGAUCCAUUCAUACUGUAUCUUCCAAACCAAUGCAAGCUAUGUGGGCUGAGAUAUGAAAGUUCGAAGGGAGGGGAUGAGCAGAUGGGUAUGCAUGUUGAAGAGCAUCGAAGAAAGGCAAGGGUGAUGGGGGAGAAGGACUGUGUUAGCAGGGAGUUUUUUCCCACACUGGAGGCAUGGACAAAGAACAUUGAGAAGAUCAAGCUCAAGCUUGAGGUUGAGAAAGUGGAGAAGAUUGCACAUUCUGGAGGAGCUGUGUUCUGUGGUGUAUGCCACAACCGAAUCGAGGUUGAGUGGGAUGAUAACGAAGAUACAUGGAUGCUUAAGGACGCAGUGCCGCUUGAAAAGGCAGGAAGAACGAACUUCUGCCACAGAAAAUGUGUUUUAUAA